CAGCAGCAAAUGUCCCUACAAUCCAGUCCCAUCCUCUGGACUUCAGCCUCAUUCACUCUUGAAGUGAUUUAAGUUGGACAGAGAUAUGGGUUUACAAAGCUCAUAUCUCUCCAUUGUGCAUGUGGAUUUAUCUCACUUGACACAGAUAAGUGGAGGGCUGGUGUCCGUCAUUGUGAUGCGAACCUGAGGCUGAAGUCCAGUUGUGACUGGGCAGGAGAAGGCUGUGUAAAAUUCAGUGAACUCUGCAGUCGACAGCCUUAUUUGCAUUGUGGUGCUUUUCAUUUAGUAAGUGUACUAAUACAGUAGGAGGAAAGAGAACUACUUAUCUCUACACUGUGGCCUCUUCGCUGAAGGUGAAGGAUGAAGUGUAGAUGCUGGCUGCCAGCCCUGCUGCUGCUUAGUGUAGCUGGAGUUGACAUGGAGCAUCUCCAAGCUGAAAACCUGAAUCUCCUUCCCCCAGAUGAGCACAACCUGGUACUGAACCGUGGAAUGAGAGUGCUGCCCAGAGACUGCCAUGAAAUGCUGAUGACCUCUUUGGGCCAGGCCAGAGACGGAGUGUACCUGAUCAAACCAGGAGACUCCCCCAUUGUGGCCUACUGUGCCAUGCAGGAGGGAGGCUGGACCGUAGUGCAGCACAUCACCGUCAAUAGCAGUGUGAAUUUUGAUCGUACCUGGGCUGAAUACAAGCACGGCUUUGGGGCUGUAUCUGGUGAUCACUGGCUUGGGAAUGAGUACCUUCAUCAGCUCACAAACGGCCCUGGGCGCUACACACUGGGAGUAAAACUAGUGGACCCAGAUGCCCUCACUAAGACGGGGGAGUAUGAUCCAUUCCUGGUGGAGGGUGAAUCAUCAGCAUACAGGCUGAGGCUUGGGUUGUUCCAGGGCACGGCUGUAGAUGCUCUCACCCUGGACACGGAGAACUACCUGCACGACAACCAGAGAUUCACCACUAAAGACAGAGACAAUGACAACUACUUCCAAAAUUGUGCUAAGCUGGAGUUUCAGGGGGUACCGGGAGGAGGUUGGUGGUACGACGCCUGUGCUGGUGCCAACCUCAAUCGCAGGAAUGUCAUCUACUGGCAGAAAGACUGCAACAAGGAGCGUCUGUGCAAGUAUGCAUGGAUGAUGGUGAGACCUUCAGAAACUGUCAAACUGAUUCAAAGUGGAGACUGCAAGAAGGAUGAGCUAUAAGGACACAGCGUUAGGCAAUGAUUGAGGUUCAAGUUUUUUUUACAAGGAACAUGAUAGAACGCUACAUAACUCUUUUUCUACUUACAGCCACACUUCAAUUUAACACAUUUUAUUCAGAAAUGCAUAGACAUGAUCACAAAAAAUACUGAAAAGAAAAAAUAAAUCACAAACUUGGAACACAGUAUAAAAAUGCAGUACAGUUUCAGCACGAGCUUUGUUUCCAUUGAUCACCAUGUCAACACAUGAAGCAAAGCAUCUUAUCAUUCCCCAAAUUGCAAGUGCAGAUUUGUGGUUUACCACAGUUACAAAAAGUGUUUCAUGACAUUAUAGCUUAUGACAUACGUAAAAUUUCUUUUUUUUUCCUUUUUUUUUUGCAUGUCAUGUCCCAUCCAAUGCUUACACAAAGGAACAUUUCACAAACAAGCAUUUUUAUUUGCCACAGCACAUUUACACGUUUGCCAGAAGUACAAUGAAGAUAUAAUGACAUUGAUUUAGUUACAGUAAUUCAAAGAAAACAAAUACUGUAUUUUAAUGUUUAAAGAAGAAGAAAAUAUCCUGAGGAUGAACAGUAAUAAACAAAUUAUGAUAAACAAUGUGUACUCUUAAACCCCCCUCCGCACUGUUCCCAUGGUAAACACUGACAUUGUUUAGCAAGGUUGUC